AUGCCUUCAUCUUCAUUAAAUGAAUGGUCUAUAUCCAUGCUUACAGGUGGUAUACCCAUCAACUUCCCAUAUUCAAAUAUAACAGCUUCAAUUUUUUCAAAUGAUGGAAGAUAUUUAAUUGUAACUUUAACUCAUCAAAUUAGAAUAUAUUUCAUUUCAACAAAACAAUGUAUAAAGACAAUAGAUAUAGACUUAACUGGGUUAGUUGAUAUAAAAUUAGAUAUUAACAAUCCAAAUCAAAUACUUUUAUUCAAACAGCUAGGAGAAAUUUUAACAAUAAAUUAUAAAGAUAAAUUAAAUGAUCCAAUAAUAUCUACCACCAGUAUACAAUUACAAUCACAACAUAAUAUAUUAUCUGUUGUUAAUGUUAAACAUAAUAAUUUUAUAAUAGUGACGGGUAAAAAAGAUAAAAAAAAGGGAUCAAGUCCUCAUACAAGAUAUAUAUUAUCAAUUGAUAGAACAUCAGAAACCAUAAAAACAGUAGGAGAAAUUCAGAACUCAUUACUUUAUUCAAUAUCAUUAGAUUUAAAUAAAUUAGCAUUUGUCUUGAGUGAUCAUAAAGUAUUAUUACUAGACUUGGAGACUUAUUAUAAUAAUGAAGAAUCUGAAGUAGAAGAUAUAAUAACAAAAGAAUUGAUAUCAUAUCAAUAUAGAUCACCAAUAACCUCAAUAGCAGUAUCAAAUGAUUCUAUAAUAGCAUUAGGUACAAAUUCUGGAGUUAUACAAGUCAUUUAUGGAGGAAUUGAAAAUGAAACUCAAAGAAUUUUAAAAUGGCAUAUAGAACAAAUUAAUGCAUUACAAUUUUCAUCAGACAACAAUUAUUUAAUAUCAGGAGGUUCUGAAAAAGUUUUAGUAUUUUGGCAAUUAGAAACUGAAAAAAAGCAAUUCUUACCAAGAUUAAAUGGUAUAAUUGAUAAAAUAAAUAUUGACAACUAUAAAAAUGAUUAUAUUCAAUUAUUAUUAAAAACUGAUAUAAAUAAUUAUGAAAUUCUUAUAUUAUGUAUGGUUGAUUUAGUAUCAAGAUUAUCAAUAAAUACAAUAAGACCAAAAUUUUCAAAUAAUUUAAGAACAACAUUACAAAAGACAAAAAAAAAAUUUUUAAAAGAUAUUUUAUCAAAUAAAUUAAAAUUAAAAUAUGAUUAUAGUUGUAAAUUUGAAAUUCAUCCAAAGACUAAAAACUUAUAUUUCCCUAAUGAAUCAUCAAUUCAAUCAUUUGAUUUAAUUAAAAAUGAACAAAAUUUUAUUCAAAAUGCUGCAUCAACUAUUUCAACAGGUAAAGUACGAUCAGAGAUAAAUUUAACAGAUCCUCAAAUUUCACUUUUAAAAUUUACAUCAGAUGGUGAUUGGAUGUGUACUUAUGAUGAAGUUAUAAUAUCAGAAGUUGAUUCAAUAAUUUCAUCAAAUGAAAAACAAUUUGCAUUAAAAUUCUGGAAAUAUUUAGAAAAUGAUAAAGAUAAAUCUUGGGAAUUAACAACUAUAAUAAUGGAUCCACAUGGUAAAAACCCAAUACUUUCUUUAAUUCCUGCACCUACUUCAUAUUUUGGUGGUGUUGCAUUUUUAACUGCUGAUAACAAAGGAGGUGUUAGAGUAUGGAGACCAACAUAUCCAAAAGAAAUUUAUAAAACAAACAACAAAUCACAACAAAUAUCAUGGUCAUUAAGAAAAUUUAAACCAUCAUCAAAUUCAGAAUCUGAUUCAAUAAGUUUAAGUUGGUCAGAUGAUUCAUCAAUAAUAUUUUUAAGUCAUGAAUGUUCAAUAACUUGUAUAGAUUCAAAAAAUUUCGAUAUAAUAGAUUUUCAAAUCCCAAUACUUACAGAAUCAAAAAUUAGAUCAAUUCAAUAUUUAGAUAAUAAAAUUAUUGUAUUAUCCAAAACAAGAUUUUUUGUUUAUGAUUUAAUAAAAGCAGAAUUAACAAAUUUAAAUUUAAAAAUUUUUACAACAAGUGGUGGAUCAAAUAUAAUAACAAUAAAUCCAAUUAAAAAUCUAAUUUGUUUAGCUAUAAAUUAUUACGAGGUAGAUGAAGAAAAUCUUGGGGUGGUUUCAAAAUUAUAUAUUUUUAAACCAAAUCAAUUAAAACCAAUUUAUAUUCAAAAUCAUAAUUCAGGUAUUGCAUCAAUAAAAUAUGAUUCAAAUUCAUUUUAUUUUAUUGAUUUAGAAUGCAGAGUUGGUUCAAUUGAUUCUACUUUAUUAAAUGUUGAAAUUAAAAAUAUAACAAAUGAUAUAAGUUCAAUGUUAUUAUCUGCUCAAGCUAAUGUUGAUUUAAUAAGUUUUAGAGAAAAUAAUCAAAAUAAAAAUGGGAAAAUCGAGGAUAGUACAACCACCAAAAAGGUUAUUGAUUUACAUACUUUUCAACCAAUUUUUCAAAAUAUAAAUGGUUUAGAAAUAGAAACUAUUUUCGAUCGUAUUACAAAUAUAUUAAAAUAA